UUUUCUAAGUUUUUUUUUAUUCGUUUACAUCAUUUCUACACAAAAAAGUUUUCAUGGGCCUUUUGUUGUUAAUAAGCGAAAUUGAUUAAGCAAUUCGAGCCAAGAGCAAUUCUUCGAUCGAUUUGGUAUACCAUUAUUACGAUGGACAGUCAGCCACCAGCUAACGGAUAUUUGCUUGAGGUGGUCGACAACGAAUGGCGCCAAGACGAAUUACCAUUCGAUCACAUCACCGUACCGUCGGAGGAACUGCCCGAUCCAGAAGCAGACAACAGUGAUCCAUUGUUAACGAUGAGCGAACAGGAGCAAAAGUGGAACGAUUUGGCUUUGAAUGCUCUAGCACCGGAGCUUGCAAUCAACGAUCAAAUAUCGGGCGCUUAAGUUAAAAAGACGGACAAUUAUUGUGAGACUA